AUGAGCGGGAAGGCCCUGAAGCAUGCAAAUGAAGCCAAAGAAUUCUUUUCCUUCUGUCCCCCAGACGUGCAGCCGAACACUCAUGGUAUUACUCUCUGUGGUAUCAACGACUUUGAGGAUAAUGCCUCCCCCAAACAAGAUGGGUGGUUUCUAUCAGACUUUUUUCUCUUCCACCAUCUUCUUCAAAAUACACAUAAGCACUCAUCUCUUAAGAGGGUGAUUAUACAUUCCACCCGUCAAAUCAACUGUGGUUCACCUGCGUUGAACCACGAGCUCUUGUGA